CGCAUCCAAGCAGGAAGAGACGGAAAUGUAAUGGAAUCUGUGCGGACGCUGCACUGGUUGUCUGGUGUUGCCGUGGUGGUGGUCGGGUUGCGCUGUCUGUCUGUUGUGUUAGUUGGGGGGGGAGGGGGACGGAGAUGCCCCCCCGCUAGCCUGUGAGCGCCCUUUGCUCCCCCAGCGCACGUACCAACCAUCCGUGCGCUUUCACCUGAGCAGCUCGCUGAGGAUCUAUCGCCGUCACCACGCCCACGCUUCUCUUGCAUCGCAAUCUCAUCUGUUUCGGCCAGCAAAAGGCUUUGAAACAGUCUCCUUUUCUGCCCCCUUGUACGUCCUCUGCAAUCUUACAAUGCUCGACAUUGUACAUUGUUUGCAAACAAGCAGAGUAAACCACAUAAAUAGCUGAUUAGCUGUCUCCGUAGAGUCCACAAUCACAACCAAGUCUUACAAACAUGCCCCAACAAAAGCCCACAUAUAUCUUGUACAGAAAGUUUAUAGGCGAUGUUUCGACGGAAGGCCGUCAAAAGGCACUUAGGUCCGCACGCAACCAAGAGCGACAUGGGCAUGAGCCCGGCACCCUUGUCGUGUGGGCUGAUGGGUCUUACAAACCCAAAAGACGGAAAGCUUCCGCGCCCUUUGACCAGCAGUGUACUGGUGGGGCAGGAUCUGCCAUCUUUGAGUACUACGGAAGCGGUAGCAAUAGCGGGAGUUAUUCAUCGGACAGUUACGCAUCGGUGAAGAUGGAGAACUCUACCGAAGCAGAAGCCGUAGCCAUCAACGUUGGUCUAAAGGGUUCAGUUGAGCGCGCCAUUGCCUCUGAAGGCACUCCCCACGCCAUUCGAAAAGUCGUGAUUUAUAAUGACUGUCGAUCUUGGCUCGAAAACUUCAGAAAAAGCCAGCUUAAUGAACCCUUCAUGGCAACUGACCGAACCGUAAUCCAGUUACAGCGCACCAUCUGGGGUUCUCAUAUGCUCGCAGAUAUGGGCGUAUCUCUUCGGUUGCAAUGGGUUCCCGGCCAUGCUGGCGUGCGAGGAAAUGUAUUAGCCGAUCGCCUCGCUGCUAUUGAGUUGGGCUUAGCUCUCAGAGCCGAAGCAGAUGCCAUGGACCCUGAGUCUCUAGGCUUUUCGGACAGCGCGGAAGAGUAUGAGAUAGAAGGCUCUUUGAGCAGCUCAAAAAGUGUUGGAAGGGGCUGGACUUGCACCGUUGACGAAGGCACCGAGUGGUGCGAAGACCCCAUACCAAUCGACGAGGAUAGUAGCCUCUACGACAUUCUCGUUGAGCAGAGCAGGAGGCGCCAAAGGAGGUGUGUGCAAGUUGAAGCCGUCUUCGCACCCGCGCAGAAAAGGCGAGCCGCAAUGGAGCGUUGGCGUGCGGCCAGGGACAGGUUCCGAUUCGAGCAGAGAGUGCGCGCACUUCUGGCCAAAUACGACCACCUCCGCACGCCUGUCGACCGGGAUGAGGAAGAGCAUGAGGACCGGGACGAGCCGAAGGAUAGCGGUAUCUGGCCCUCGUUCUUGGACUACGAGGAUGAUGGCAUGGAGGAGCCGGACAUGGGAUACGAGGAUGAGGAUGAAGCCAUGGACAAGCCUGAGGAUGAGGGCAUAGAAGAGCCGUACAUGGACUACGAGGAUGAGGACCGUGACGAGCCGGACACGAGCGUUAUCUGGCCCUCUUUCAUGGACUACGAAUAGCGCGAUGGGCUUGAGGGAGCGACAUGGUCUGGAAGGACGCUGGAGAGAAGCUUUCGCCUGAGUUGACUGGGAGAGGGCCGAUGUACUCGAUAAUGCGCGGGCUAGAUCUGGGUGGAUCGAUGUAUUUUGCAAUGCAGACAGGGACAGGUCACAGGCGUUUCACUCAAAGGGAAG